UAGGAUUUCUUGUCGCCUUAUUAAUAACCGACAUCGGAUUGCAAGCGUAAGUGCGGUAAGAAAUGUUAUGUUGAUUCAAAACCAGCAUUUGCACCACUGUCUAUCGUUAGUAAAACCCAAGCACUCUCGACAAUUCUUAACAGAUCCGAAGUUUCCUCGCAGGUUAUACGUAAGUGAAAAAGUAGAUUACAUACGAAGAAGUGGAUUUGGGUUCAGCACACGAAGCAAAGAUGAUGGAUUAGAGAGUGCAAGAGAAGAGAAAAGAAGCCAAAUCCAAAGAUUCGUCACAAAGAGGUCAGAACACCAGCAAAACUUUACUAAAAAUGUGUACACAGAUGAGGAUGCAAAUCUUCGUGAGCUAAUAGUCAGAUUAAUUAUUGGAAAAAGAGGCUAUAAUGUCAAACGAUUUAUAUCAGAAACUGGACUCAAUUUUGAUUUGACUAUACAAGAAGGUGGUCAUAUAGUUAUAUCUGGACAUGAUGUCGAAGUGGUGAAUAAAGCGGUAGAAAAAGUUCAACAGGAGAUUCAAAGAAUAAAAAAUGAAACAAUUUUUCCCUUCAAUGAAGUGGUGUUCAUAGAUGAGGAUGUUGAUCUUCGUGAACGAAUAGGUAGAAUGAUCAUUGGUAAAGGAGGAUCUAAUGUCCAACGACUUGUAUCAGAAACUGGACUCAAUUUUAGAUUGACCUUGCAAAAAAGUAGUCAUAUAAUGGUAUCUGGGCCUAAUACUGAAGUUGUGAAUAAAGCUGUAGAAAAAGUUCAACAGGAAAUCAAAAGAAUAAAGAAUAAGGUCAAUUUUCCCAUUAACAGAAAGGUGUUCACAGGUGAGCAUUCCGCUUUGCAUGAGCAAAUAGGAAGAAAAAUCAUUGGAGUAGGUGGAUCCAACAUCAAACGACUUGCAUCAGAUACUGGGCUCAAUUUUGAAUUGACUUUACAAAAAGGUGGUCAUGUAGUUGUAUCUGGACACGAUGUUGAAGUGGUGAAUAAAGCGGUAGAAACAGUUCAACAGGAGAUCCAAAGAAUAAAAAAUGAAACAAUUUUUCCCUUCAAUGAAGUGGUGUUCAUAGAUGAGGAUGCUGAUCUUCGUGAACGAAUAGGUAGAAUUAUCAUUGGAAAAAGAGGAACUGGUGUUGAACGAUUUAUAUCAGAUACUGGACUAGAUUUUGAAUUGACUAUUCAAAAAGGAGGUCCUAUAGUUAUAUCUGGACACGAUGUCGAAGUGGUGAAUAAAGCCGUAGAAAAAGUUCAACAGGAGAUUCAAAGAAUAAAAACCGAAACAAUUUUUCCCUUCAAUGAAGUGGUGUUCAUAGAUGAGGAUGUUGAUCUUCGUGAACGAAUAGGUAGAAUGAUCAUUGGUAAAGGAGGAUCUAACAUCCAACGAUUAAGAUCAAAAACUGGACUCAAUUUUGAUUUGACCAUGCAAAAAAGUGGUCAUGUAGUUGUAUCUGUGCCUGAUGCUGAAUUGAUGAAUAAAGCGGUAGAAAAAGUUCAACAGGAAAUCCAAAGAAUAAAGAAUGAAACAAUUUUUCCUUUUCAUGAAUUCGUAUUCAUAGAUGAGGAUGCUGAUAUUCAUGAGAAGAUAUUUAGUAUGGUGAUUGGAAAAGGAGGAUCUAAAGUCAAACAACUUGUAUAUGAGACUGGACUCAAUUUUAGAUUGACCAGGCAUAAAAGUGGUUAUAUAAUGGUAUCUGGGCCUAAUGCAGAAGUAGUGAAUAAAGCAGUGAAAAAAGUUCAACAGGAGAUCCAAAGAAUAAAGAAUGAAACAAUUUUUCCCUUCAAUCAAGUGGUUUUCACUGAUAGGGAUGCUGAUCGUCAUCAGCAGAUAGGUAGAAAGAUCAUCGGAAAAAGGGGAUCUAAUGUCCAACGACUUGUAUCAGAAACAGGACUCAAUUUUAGAUUGACCAUGCAAAAAGGUAGUCAUAUAGUUGUAUCUGGGCCUAAUGUGAAAGUGGUGAAUGAAGCGGUAGAAAAAGUUCAACAAGAGAUCCAAAGUUUAAAGAAUAAGAUAAAUUUUCCCUUCCACAGAAAGGUGUUUACAGAUGAAGAUUCUUAUUUUCAUGAGCAAAUAUGUGGAAUGAUCAUUGGUAAAGGAGGAUCUAAUGUUAAGCGACUUGUAUCAGAAACUGGACUCGAUUUCGAUUUGACUGUGCAAAAAACUGGUCAUAUAGUUGUAUCUGGGCUUAAUGUGAAAGUGGUGAAUGAAGCGAUAGAAAAAGUUGAGCAGGAGAUCCAAAGAAUAAAGGAUAGGAUCAAUUUUCCCUUCCACAGAAAGGUGUUUACAGAUGAAGAUUCUUAUUUUCAUGAGCAAAUAUGUGGAAUGAUCAUUGGUAAAGGAGGAUCUAACAUCAAACGAUUUAUAUCAGGAACUGGACUCAAUUUUGAAUUGACUGUACAAAAAGAUGGUCAUGUAGUUGUAUCUGGGCCUAAUACUGAAGUGGUGAAUAAAGCGGUUGAAAAAGUUGAACAGGAGAUCCAAAAAAUAAAAGAUGAGAUUUUUUCCCUCCAAUGAAAAGGUGUUCACAGACGAGGGUGCCUAGUUCAAGACUGGAUGAUGUUUAUGCUUUGUGUUGACUAGAACAGGAGGAUACAACAAGCUACAAUAGAUAUUAGUGACUGGGUUCAAUUUUCAGUUGGAACAUAAAAUAAAAUUGUCAUAAAGUUGUCUGCAGAGUAAUUUGGAAUAUUGAAGAAGUGAAUAAAUCAUUGAAUAUAGCUGAGCUGAUAUGUGGUACAUAAUUAAUAAGUUAAGAUUCAGGGCUAGCUCUGAUUCUGAAUAUUGAUUUACCAAAAUCUGAAUUUUCAGUUAUGGUUUCACACAACACAAUUGCCAAUUAAUUCUUUGUAUGCUCAGUCCUACCCUAUUGAUACAUUAAGUAAUAGUUGAAACAGGACAGCUUGAU